GCAUUCCAUUCACAACAGACACAGAGACACACUGGCAGUGUGGCUUUAGUGUCCACGAGUGUGAAGAUCAGGGAAGAUCAAACCAGCGACUGUUGGUUGACCUCUGAGCGUCGCCCGCUUCCCCUCAAGGAUACUUCUUGUACACUCGGGACACCAUCACAGCACUCCUGCUGCACUCUGACAACCUUGCCAAGCCCACAAUGUCACAAUUCUGUACAAUGCCAGCUGGAGAGAAGAAGAAGCAUGCAGCAGCUAUUUGUCGUGAAGUCCACGGUACCAAUGGGGAUGUGAUGGAUCUAGGAAAGAAGCACAGCACUCCUAAAGACAUCAUGCUGGAGGAGUUGUCGCUGCUCUCCAACAGAGGCUCCCGCCUUUUCAAGAUGCGACAGAGACGAUCAGAAAAGUACACGUUUGAGAGCAUACAAAACGAGGCCAACGCACUACUUAAUAAUGAUAUUCUGACUGAGAAUGCACACAUGAUUGAAAUUAAAGUGGAGGCACCAACCAAUGGAAAUACUCCUAACCCAGAUGAGACACUUCAAGAUACAAAUGCAGAGCAGUUAAAUGCCUCCGCUAUGCCCAAAUCCUACCACUCACCAUGGGAGGAGGCAAUCCGUGAUGACCCAGGCCUCGCUGACACUUUCAAAGUGAGAAUGCCCGCCAUGGACCCUCGACCUGAACUUCCUGAGUACAAAUGCUUUAACCGAGUUGCGACCCCUUAUGGAGGCUUUGACAAAGCCCCCCGAGGAAUCACAUUCAAACUUCCGGAGCUGGACCUCAACCCGCCCAAGUACCCAGAGCUCCAGGAGCCGGGAAUUAAGCGGCCCACCUUCAACAGAACAGCCCAGGGAUGGAUACCUGAGGGUACCCACUUGAUCUUACCCCAAAUCACCCUAGAGUCCAUUCAAGUGCCUGAGUCGGAUGAUCUGUAAUCACACAGUACAGUACUCACUGUACUCACAAAGCUGCCAUUUUUUGGUUCUUCCAUGCCAUGGACAACAGAAUGUUUCACUCUGCUACCCGUAAAUUAUUGGUGUGUCUGUUGUACACUGGGAUUAACUUCAUGUAAAUAGAGAAUUGAAUGUGAUGCAAAUGUUCCAAUAAGAGUUUCCGAUGGAUCUGAACAUGUGAUGUAAAUAAAGAAUACAGCUUAUUUAUUGACUGCACACAAUCAAGCAAAAGGAAAAGCAAUAAUACUAAAAUGGCACUCAGUAGAGAGCAAACCUCUGUCAAGGGUGAAUCAUUCAUAAAAAUUAUCUGUGUUGGUUUGUCUGUACGUGUACUAUACUUAUACACCUACAUUCGUUCACGGAAGAUCAGGUAUCCAAACAGCAAAAACAGAAUAUAAAUUAGUCUAAACAUACAGGAGCACUGUUUUGUGUUAGUUUUUGUGUCUAUGUGGUUUGCUUCCUGCUUCCUGGUUUGAGAAUGACCUAUGUUAGUAAAAGACCGACUGGACGAGAGACGAAACAGUAUAGGCAUUUCAUAUAAUGUUUACCGUGACUAACAUUAUCAUAAUAUUGUUCAAAUUUGCAGAAAAAAUUAAAUCGCACUUGACCGUAGACCUCUUUGGAGGCACAAAAAUAUUUAUCUAAAUAGCUGUCAAUUUACUCGCCUUUUGCCAUAUUUUGUUGUGGCUGAAUAUAGUAAAUGACGCAGCAUUGUAACACGCAUUCACAUUUGACUUCCUCUUUUUACUUUUUUUGUGAAGUUGGCUAACAACUUUUGCACACAGAAAGUCUCAGAUGCUAAACAUGGGAUAAUGGUCAUAUGUAAAUACAACAAUCAGGUGUCAAAAAUGUGCAACAAUAUGAAAUAUUCAUGAAGGUUUACUGAUAAAUUAUAUACAGUUUCAUCUCUAGACAGGACCAUGCCAUUUGCACCCUCCCCCCAAAUUUUGUAAAAACCUUUGGUGUAGUUUGUGUAAUCCUGCUAGCAAUCAAAACAAUCAAGCUUGGUUGAGGUCCAAAUGUUGCUCAAGUUGACUGAAAUUAGGCGGUUUACAAUGGCUUAAAAAUCUGACAUGCUUAUGCGUUGUACACAUAAAUACACUGGGUUCUCUACUUACGAACAUCUGACUUGCGAACAUUCUGGUCUAUAUUUUCAUGUACUGUAUUUUGCCUUGUAGUAACACUAUACAGUACUUAUACUGCUACAUGCUUGACCAGUAGAGGGCACUGUGACACUGCUAUUGGGACCAACAGGUAAAGGAAGACGAUGGGGAGAGAGUGUAAAGGAGAAAUGGAAAGCUAAAUUGUAGCUGUAUGAUGCAACCCUGACAGACUGUGU